AUGGGAUAACUAUUUAGCAGAAAUAGAAACUUAAACAACUUUAAGUUUGAUAAAAAGCAAGCACCAGAAUACGAUGCUGCUAAUCCAUAUCAUGUUGAAAGGAACACACUUGCAAAGAUUUUCAUGUUUGAUCUUAAUCUUGGUAAAAACCCUGUCUUAACUAUAGCAAAGAGAUUUGCUAGAGAAAAUACUAAUGAUAAUUGCGAUAAUCUUAACAUUGCAAUGUCAGAUAUUGUAUUAUUAGAGUUCAAGAAAUAUCUAUUUCUCUGCAAAAUUGAGAUCCAAAAAAAUCAGGAGAAAUAUCAGUUUCUUUUUAAGGGUCAAAAAUAUUAUAGGUCUCCUUUUCCAGCUCCAUAUUUCAUAAGAAAAGCAUUGAACUUAGUUAUUCUCUACACAGAACAUUACGAGAAACUUUGUGACGAAAUCUUUGGAGGAUGGAUGGAUAUUUACCAAUCAGAGUCUAUUAUUCAAGAAUAUGAAGAUCAUUAAAGAAUGAUGAAUUUGCUGAAAUCAAAGGAUAGUCUAUUAUUCCCAUUCAAAAAUAUCUGGCCAGAGUAUAAAACACUCGAGGAAUUUAAAAGAGAUCAAAAAUAUGUAGAAGUUCACAUGAGUAUGCAUAAUAGACAUUUACUGAAAGAUUAUCUACUAGUAAGGUGCCAAGAAAUCUUGAUUAGCGAAAAUUACACGCCAGACAUUCCUUUUAGUACAAUCACUGAGAAAUAUACACCUAUUCUCAUAGAUGAAAUAUAACAGAAAUUUCCAAGUUCUCAUGUUAAAUCUAUAAACGAUAGAAUUGAAAUAAAAAUCAGCCCUGAAUUACAGCAUAAAUUAGAUACUAAAAAGAUAAAUGAGAGUGACAACGAAUAUAAUUUGGAUAAACUCAAUAAAAUAUAAUUCUCUUUAAGAUUCAAAGAUGAGUUUAAAGUUAAGUUACAGAUAGAUGAUGAAACCUGCGAAUACUAUUUGGCUGAAUACAAAAAAUUUCUUCUAAUGGGAAGAUACAGCCCUAGAAUGAUAUCCCCUAGUGAGUAAGUGGAUCAUGUGUGGCACCACCAUUAAAUAUUUACCAAAUAAUACAGAGAAGAUAUGUUUGAACUUUAUGGAAGACUUUUAAAGCAUCUCCCAGCUAUGGGUGGAAAAGAAGAUAGCGAAAAGUUUGAUGAUCUUUACCAGAAGACUUUGGAUUUCUAUAAUGAUAUGUAUGGAUACAAGCCUGAUCCUCUAAUGUGGGAACCUUCAGAGCUAAGGUUUUCAAGUGAGCUUUUUACAUACUCAAUGGUGAAUCUCAACAGAGUAAUUUCUCUCUCACUUUAUAGAGCUUUUAAUCCACUUCCAAUCAGAGAUUUAGAAGAAAAAGUUCAGUUAUUGGAUAAAUUUGAUGCUAAAUAUGCAACUAUUAGAAGAACUAAUUAUGUAAAUAAUAGAAGGUAAAUAAGGCAUUACCUCAAGCAUCAAAUAAAACUAAAGAAUGAUUAUUAAGUUUUUGAGCUUAUGGAGAUUCGUGGUGGUCCAAUUAUUAUGCCAUUCAAUAACAAUCCAGAAUAUUUAGAUCAAAUAGCAAAGUAGUAGCUAGAUUAUACUUUAUAAAAUGGACUUUAUUCUGAUUAUAGACCUGAAUCCAACAACUUAAGUCAAGAUAUUGAGCUAAUGUAGUUUGGUGCAUAAGAAGUUAUGGAGAGACUAGUUGAUCUAGGAAUAGGAGAUUUUGAUGUUGAGGGUGAUGAUUAUACAAGCUAUGAUAUGAUUCCCUUGAGGAUGGAGAUUAAUAUUGGGAAAUUAGGAAAUGGACUUCAAGAUUACAAUGGAUCUGAGGAAAAUUAAACUUGA